CGGUUUUCAGGAGUGGGGAUGUGAGGCUGCGCGAGCGCCGGUUCCAGCCACCACAGUCAGUCUAAGGCGCGCCGGCGCGCAGGGUGUACGCAUUGACAGUGAGUGUGUGUGUGUUUGGCAUGCUGUAAGGCUCAAUAUGGGGUGUUUUAGUUUGAGAUCGCUGCUGUUGGCAGCCAUCGUUAUAAGUAAUUGUAUCACAUGGACCGCGUCCAGGCACUCCUACACACACAAUGUAUCCGGCCACCGCAGAAGACACAGGCGACAGGGCGCCGGGCAGUACCUACCAAAUUCAUACGUGAUCCCAGGAGGGGAGGGUAGUGAGAAGGGCUGGGGCCCGUGGGGGAACCCCAGCAACUGCUCGCGGCCCUGUGGCGGCGGUGUUGCCAGCCAGAAGAGGAUAUGCCUCAUAGAAGGGUCUGGCGCGAGCUGUACGGGAGGAGACACAAAGUACUUCUCGUGCAACACGCAAGAUUGCCCCGAGCAGAGCGACUUCCGCGCUGAACAGUGCGCCGAGUUCAACGACAAAGCCUUCAAGGGGACCAAGUACAGUUGGGUGCCUUACACGAACGGUCCCCGGCCGUGCGAGCUGAACUGCAUGCCAAAAGGCGAGCGGUUCUACUACCGGCAGGCGCCGAAGGUGACAGACGGCACGAGAUGCAACGACGAGUCCUUCGACGUCUGCGUCGAUGGCACCUGUCAGCCGGUGGGCUGCGACAUGAUGUUGGGGUCUAACGCUCGUGAAGACAAGUGCCGUGUGUGCCGCGGCAACGGGACCAACUGUCACACCAACGCCGGCCUCAUCGACAACCAAGAUUACACCCAAGGGUACAACGACAUUCUUCUAAUACCCGAAGGAGCAACAAAUAUUAUUAUAGAAGAGAUAGACAAAUCCAACAAUUAUCUUGCUCUCCGAUCAAAGAAGGACAACAAGUACUACCUGAACGGCGACUACCAGAUCAGCUUUCCUCACACGAUGCAGAUCGCCGGCGUGCCGUGGCAUUACGAGCGCAGCGUGCAGGGCUUCGCGGCGCCGGACAAGCUGCGGUGCUUGGGGCCCAUCAAUGAGCCACUUUACCUCUCGCUGCUCUUGCAAGAGACAAACGUGGGCAUCAAAUACGAGUACAGCAUCCCGAAAGACCUGGCCCCGCCGACCAACGCCACCUACACCUGGACGCACGAGGAGUUCUCCCCAUGCAGCGUUACUUGUGGCUCAGGUUUCCAAACCCGCAACGUAACAUGCCGCACGCGCGACGAGCUAGAGAUUGUGGACGAGAGCCUCUGCGACGCUGGUCUCCGGCCCAUCGCCAACGAGACCUGCCAGCUGGCCGAGUGCAUGCCGGAGUGGGUGCCGAGCCCGUGGGGGCCCUGCUCCAAGCUGUGCGGCUCCGGCGGCUCGCAGUCGCGCUCCGUACAGUGCCAGAAGAUCAUCUCUAACGGGCAAGUUAAAAUAAACCUUAUAUUCCAAGCAGUUCCUACAGAACCUCAAGGCUGA